AUGCCAACCACAGCGCAACAACCUCAAUCACCCUCACGGACAACAAUAUCUAUGCACUUUCUCCCCGCGCGACCCGCCGCGCCUGCCCUCGCCGAACCGCCCGCCCCGCGCUUCGUCCUCGACGGGCUUAACCAGCGAACCACCCAGGAAAUGGAUUGGUGGACAGACGAGUAUUCAGUCUAUGUGAAUAGUCUUGACGAGAUGGAUUGGGAUUGGACGGAUGACUAUUUAUCGGAUUGUUGUGAUGUGUUUUUAAAUAUGUUAGUAAGGUUUCUCCUUUGUUCAUUCGUUCAUUCGUUCAUUCGUUCAUUCGUUCAUUCGUUCAUUCGUUCAUUCGUUCAUUCGUUCAUUCGUUCAUUCGUUCAUUUACUCAUUCUAGUUAUAGAUCCGCUUGAGUUUCCUUCUGGAAACUACUUCUUCUUGCAGUCACUUAUCUUGGGAAAGCGCAAUGGAGUAAACUCCAGAGAUUUAGCAGCCUCGAAUACGCCUCGUUAUCUUUACCUCAAAGUUUGA